AUUGAAGGGUUUAGGAAUAAGGUCAGUGCGAGGUUGAGGCUUUUGUAAGAAUGGGGAAGGAGGGAGAUCUAUGGGACGAUUCAGCUCUCAUCAAUGCCUUCGACCACGCUGUUUCUACUUACAAGAAAAUGCAUGGCAGCAGCAAACACAAAGAUAGCUCUGCUGAGGCUGAGAGAGUGAUCGAUGAAAAUGACUCUAAUGUUGAGACUACAAGGGAUGCUGACAAGAAAAGCAAUAUUCCAGCUACUGAUGUUCCUGAUUCAGGUGAGACUAGUCAUGCGUCAAAGUUUGAAGAAAAUGAUCAUGCGGGUUCACUGGUAGAACAACCUUGUCUAGAUUCAACAAGUGGUCAAGACAUCCAAAAUGCACAUAACGGUUAUGCAUAUGCACAAGGUGUAGAUGAUUAUAAUCUGUUAGUUGGGCAGUACUAUGAACUUGAGGAGAAAAGGCUGAAGAUUUUGGAGCAACUUAAUCAAUAUGCUGGUUGGAAUCACCAAUAUGUGGCUACUGUUUCUAGCUCUGCUGUACCAUAUCCGAAUUCUCAAGAUUAUUCAAUGUCUACAUACCAAGUUUCUGAUCCAAAUAUAGUCUGUUCAUGUUGCCCAUGUUUUAGUCAAUGUCCGUUGGCUCCAUGCACAUCAGCUCCUGGUUGUUCUCUGGGUGGACCACGUGCUGGUAAACCUUGUAACAAUCAUACUGUGGAAAUGGAUCAUAAAACGUUAUUUCCUUGUGAAGAUGGUAAAAUCCGUGAAAUGGCAAUGGGAGCAGCAGAGAAGGCAUUAUCUACUAUUAGAACAACCAUUUCUGGUGAUUUUAAUGUAAAUGAAGAGAAAGAGAGAAACAAUUCUGAACCUGAACAAGUUAAUGGUUCAGAGUCUGACCUUACUGCUGUUUUGAAUGCUUGGUAUUCUGCUGGCUUCUAUACUGGAAAGUAUCUUGUUGAACAAUCCAUUGAAAACAGAAGACAAAAAUAAACUCCCUAUAUCUUCAAGUGGAGGCAAAAAGUGUUUAUACAAGUUUUGUCAGUAUACUAAACAGUUAGGUAAUUGAUAUACACUUUCACAUCUUUGGGAAAUCAGAAGAAUGCUGGUAUUUCGAUCUAAUUGGAGUUGCUGGCUUGUUAUGAAUUUUGAUUCUUGCUGCAAGUUUUUGUAGCAAGAUUUUACUGGACAUAUUUUAGGGAAUGAUUUUUCCCUUAACUGCAGACAUGAAUAUGUUGCCCGAGUUUGGUGUUGAAUGCCAGAGAUCUUAAAAUGCACAAGUCAGUUUUCUUAGUUGUUUUAUAUCUCUGUUUUCAUGGUUGACAUUAGCCAGGGAGGAGUGAUGGCUUGACUUUUUGUUGCUCAUUUCCUUCUUGCUCAUUUCAUAGUUGACAUU